AUGGCACAAUCAUCCCAACCACAGUACGAAUUGCUCUACCAUCCCGUCAUCCCCGGUCGAGGCGAAUUCAUCAGACUCGCCUUCGAAGCCGCAAAAGUCCCAUACACAGAUGUCGCCAACACAGAGAAAGAUGGCUACAGUACGGUCCAACAGAUCUGCAUGAGCCAAAACACGCAGAGCGAGGGCAGCAAUCCUCCCGUAUUCGCUCCACCAGCACUUCGGGUCGCUGGCGCUGGCAAAGACGCUCGCUCGCUGGUGAUUCACCAAACUCCAACAAUCUUGCUCUAUCUCGGACCACGACUUGGACUCGUACCGGGUGAUGAGGUCGGUCGUCUGUAUGUCAGCCAGCUGACGCUCACCGCGCUAGACCUGAACAACGAAGUCCACGACACGCACCACCCCAUCGCGUCGAGCAAAUACUACGAGGAUCAAAAGGAGGAAUCUCUGCUCAAAAGUCAAGAUUUGCGGGAAAAUCGUCUCCCGAAGUACUUUUCGCAUUUCGAACGUACGCUGAAGGGGAAUCACGACGACGGGAAAGGCCGAUAUCUGGUGGGCGGAAAGCUCACCUACGCAGAUCUUACUGUGUGGCAAGUCCUCGACGGACUCUUUUUCGCGUUUCCGAAGGAACUGCAGGCCAGAAAGGGAGAAUUCCCUGAUUUGCUGGAGACUUUUUACGGCAGUGUCAAGGAGGAGGGAGGGAUCAAGGAGUAUUUGUCGAGCUCGAGGAGGUUGCCGUAUAGUCAGGGUGUCUUCCGUCACUACCCAGAGCUGGACAGGCAGUGA